AUGAAUUACCCUCGCGCCAUGCCCGCCCACGCGUCUCCCCCCGCGCGCGGGCGAGGACGAGGAUCCGCGGCGGGCGCUCCCCGGAGGGCGACGAUCGCCGCGUGCUGCGUCGCGAUCCUCGCGGCGUGCGCGGCGACGCCCGCCGCCGCCGCGGCCGCCUCCGCCUCCGCGGCGGUCGAGCCCCCGCGACGGCCGCGCGCGCCGCCGCCGCCGCCGCCGAUCGACGCGAUCGGCGACGACGUCCCGGCGUGGACGCCGACGACGGUGACCGCGAGCGCCGCCGCGGACGACGACGCGGACGGCGAUCGUCGCCGCCGCGAGCGCGCGCUCUCGCGCGCGCUCGCGCGCGACGGCGUCGCCGGCGUGCUCGUCCCGGGGCUCGGAGACGCGAAAAAGCGCGCGGCGGCGUUGUUCGCGCCGUGCGUCGCGGCGUCUCCGAACGCGCAGGUCGAGACGUACGAAGACGGCGCCGAUCGGCACACGCUCGCGACGACGACGCGCGGCGCCGCCGCCGGCGUCGUCGGCGAGAAGAUCGACCACGGCGCGGUCGACGUCUGCGCGCGAUUCGAGGCGGUGUCGAGCGAACUUCGAUCGCUCGUCUCCGUCGCCGCCGCGCUCGUCGCGCGAGCGAUGAGCGUCGGCGAUUUCGCGAAGCUCAUCGACGGCCGGGACGCCGUCAUGCUGCGCGCCGCGUCGACCUCGGCCGCGGCGGGAGGGCGCGACGGCGACGGCGACGGCGACGGCGGCGCGUCGAAGUAUGCGUCCGUGGGCGACAUCCUCGACGGAGGGACGCACCUCGAACACUUUCACGCCUAUCGCUCGUCUCCCUCCUCGCGCGCGUCCGCGUCCGAAGAAGAAGCGACGACGAAGAAGAAGACGAUCGAGUUGCACACCGAUCACGGUCUGUUCAUCGCCUUCACGCCGGCCGUCGUCGUCUCGGACGGACGCGGCGACGACGCCCCCGGGACGGUCGACGCCGAGAGCUCUCCCGGAGAGUUCGAGAUGUCCCUGCCCCCGAACGGACGCCGCGUGCGUCUCGACCACGAGAACCUCGACGACGACGUCGUGAUCGUCGCGCUCGGCGACAUGAUGGAGCACCAGAUUGGAGAAAAACUCGAGUCCGGGUUGCGAGCGGUGCCGCACGCCGUGACGAUGCCCGCGCUCGGCGACGGUCGAUCGCGCUUCUGGUACGGUCGCAUGUUCUUGCCUCCUCGAGACGCCCUGAUGGACGAGGCGCGCGGCGUGUCUUUCGGCGAGCUCCGCGACGCGCUCGUCGCCGACGCGCGUUCCGGCGCGAUGUCGGUCGCGUGCGGCGGCGGCGGCGGCGGCGGCGGCGGCGGCGGCGGACGUAAGCUCUUGGCCGCCGCGUGCGCGGCGAACGAAAUUUACUGCUGGAUGCGGUGCAUGUCCACGUCGGCGCUGACGUGCGCCUCCGGCCAACACGAGCAGUGCGUCAACACGCGCGGCCAAAUAUGGACCGAUGCCAACGGCCACGGCGACUUUUACCCCGAGUGCGUCUCCACGGCGAACAACAACACGACGAAGCCGAUCACGGACCCUCCGAAGAUCCCCGCGACCGCGCGGUGCACGGAGUCGAGCUUCUACGACGCCGUCGACGUCCCGUCCUACGCGAACAGCCUCGAGCUCGUCAGAGAUAAACUCUAUCUGAUGUGGGACGUGCUUCCCUCGGGAAGGUGGCGAGCUCGAAUGGCCUUCAAUGGCGUCGUCGGAUAUCUCGCCGUCGGCUUGAAGAGCAAAAACCCGGCGGCGGAGCACAACGGCAUGAACGACGCUCCGGUCAUCAUGGGCGUCAACGAUCCGUACGCCGACGCGAACGACCCGAACGUCUUCGGAUCGCCCGUCGUCGGCACCGGCGUCAAGGGGUACCACAUUCACGCCACCGGUUCCGCGUUUCGACACUGGUACGGCACCGGAGCUGCCGUCGACUACGCGAGCGCGAUGACGGUCACGAGCUGUCACAGCUACAUGGAUUUCACCACGACGAAGUUGUGCCACACGGCGGUCGUCUUCGGCGCGCCCACGAAAGUUUGCGUGCCGCUGAACUUCGGCGGCGAAAACGAGAUGAUGUGGGCCGUGCACGACGACACCUUCCUCAAAGGGUAUCACUCCAUGCGCGGGUUCGGUCGCAAAGACUCGCGCGACUUUUUCACCCUCGACCUCUCGAAGACCUACGGUCACCGCACGUGUAACUACACCGCGGGGUGGAACGCGGCCAACAAGGCGUGCACCUUUGGAGUGAACGAACGCUUCGGAUCGACGGACGACGACGGAUCCUCCGACGUCGUCACCGCGACGCAGCUCCUCAUCCUCGUCUCCGUGCUCUUCGCCCUGAUGCUCUGCACGUGGGCGUGUUACCUCUGCGACCGACGCUUCACGCACCGGCGGCGGUACGAGCGGCUGCGGAACCUCGCGUUCGCCGACCCGACGUCGGCGAGCGUCGUGGAGAUCACGCGCCCGAGCGCGCCAGAAAAGCCGAAGCCGCCGCCGCUGCCGCCGCCGCCCGCGGUGGCCGUGGACGUGCGGAACCCCUUCGGGCGCAUGAUCGAUGAACGAGAAUGCGAACGCGCCGAGUUCGCGAGAACCGUCGCCGACGCGGUGACGGCCGCCUUGGCGUCCAACCGCGCGCCGCACGCGCACGCGCCGCGGUCUGAGUCGCCCGAGUUACCGCCGCCGCCGCCGCCGCGCGAGUACGGCGGCGGCCUGCCGCCCCUCGCGCCGAGCGGCGAGACGGUCGCGCUGUCCCCGCCGUCGUCGCCGACGCCGACCCGGGCGGGGGGCAAAAAAAAUCGGUUCGGCGGCGCGAAUCCGUUCGACGGGGGCGCCGAGCGAUGA